AUGUGUGUGUAUGAAGAGAGAGAGAGAGAGCAGACCAGCAGACAGACAGACAAGACAGACAGACCAGACAGACAGACGAAGAGAGACAGGAGAACAGAGAUAAGACAGACAGAGCGAGAGAACAGCAGACAGACAGAGAGAGAGACAGACAGACACAACAGCCGAGAAACAGCACACAGACCAGACAGAAGAGAUGACAGACACAGACAGACAGAGACGAGAGACAGACGUACAGACAAAGACACGACAGAGAGAGAGAGAAAGACAGACAGAACAGACAGACGACAGACAGAGAGAGAGAAGAUCAUAAGACUUUUAUACCAAAGUAGAAUCAACCAGAAAAAUCUUAGUAACCCUGUAAGUAACAAUAUAAAUGAAGAAUGGGCAAACAUUAAUGAAAUUAUAACACAGGCAGCAGCAGAAGCAAUAGGGUCAAGGAAAAAGAAAUCUUGCAAACGAGGGCUAAGGUUUUGGAAUGGCCGGCGUGGCGCGCGGUCGCAGGAGGUGAGCCUGUGCGGGUGCGCGUGCGGCGCGGCGCGCUGGCUGGCCGUGUGCGCCGACCGCCCCGCCCUGCGCCCGGAGCUCGACGGCCAGCCCGUGGGGCCGGCGGGCUGCUGCGCGCUCAUCCUCUACCACCACGCGACGGGCCGGCCGCUUGGCGUGGGGUAG